AUGGCACAAAGAACUGUUUCCGUGGUCGUCAUCGGCGGCUCACACGCGGGCCUCGCCGUCUGUCAAAAGCUACUCCGUCGUACUACCAGAGUACACAUCACCCUCAUUUCCCCUUCUCAGGAUUACUAUUUCAACAUUGCUGCGCCUCGUUUCUUGGUAAAGAGCAACAGCUUGCAGCAGAGCUCAUACCUACACUCGAUCACCGAUGCGUUCAGCGAGCAUUCCAGCGACAAGUUUACAUUCAUCAGAGGUGUCGCCGUAGCUAUUGAUGAUGGAAAGAAGACUGUGUCUGCUUCUGUCAUUACCGACUCAGCUGUCACAACGGGAAACACUUUUGGAUACGACUACCUCGUCAUUGCCUCUGGGAGCACCACGCCGGCUACACUCGGCCAGUCUGGGCUCAAGAUCCCAUUCAAAGCUACGGCUUUUGAAGAUACGAAGGCUGCUAUACAUGAAGCCCAGAAAAAGCUCGCAGCGGCCGACAGCAUCAUAAUCGGUGGCGGAGGGCCGCUUGGGGUUGAAAUGGCGGGUGAACUUGCAGAGGCCCCGGGCGGUAAGAAGAUCAUAUUGGUGUCGCAAACCGAUGCUCUUCUUGUCGGAGCAACUCCAACUGUCCAGAAAAGAAGCCUUGCACUCUUGAACCAGAAGAAUGUCCAUGUGAUUCUCGGCUCUCGCGUGGAAAGCGCCCAAUACAGCGCAGAUGCCAAGGUCUGGUCCGUUAAGCUGGCUUCUGGAAGGACAAUUACGGCAGACCAGUACAUUGCUAGUACUGGUGUUGUUCCAAACAACGACUUUAUACCCAAGCGAUUCUUGAACGCGGGGGGUUGGGUUAACGUUGACGACCAACUUCGCGUGCUGCAGCAAGACAAACCCUGCAGCAACAUCUACGCGCUGGGUGACAUCACCAUGCAUGCUGAUCGACUUCUCUCCAGAGUGUCGAUUCAAGGUGAUGUUGUCGCAGCAAACAUUGUCGCAGGCAUGAUGGAACAGGAAGGCGCACGUACGUACUUGGCAGAGGCUCAACGGAAGAUGAUGGUUGUUCCAGUAGGGCAAUCAACAGGAACAGGUCAUUUUGGAGGUUGGACACUGAUGGGUUGCCUUGUUUGGUAUUUCAAAGGGAAGGACUUCUUGGUCUACGAAGCACCGAAAUUCUUGCGAGGCGCGAUGAAAUAA